GCCAUGAAAGGAUUAGGAAGAGGAAGAAGAAGAAUAAAAGCAAUCUAUCUGCUCUGUUUAGAUUGCUGACGGUCUUAAAUUGCCGCGUAAUAGGUGUUGAAAUUAAGCUUGUUCUACAGCGUUGCUGACGGUCUUAAAUUGCCGCACGUACUAAAUGAGCAGCUUGGUAGAUAUUAUAAUUCGUUUUAGAUGAAAUACCGUGCAAUCCCGCAUGGACUUUACCGGGAGCAAUGCCAUUUUCUGAGAGUAGACAGGCAGGUAGAUGCACCAACCAAGAAGACAGUCAGCCUUGUGCUUUCUUGGCCUUGGCCUUUCCAUAUCUACUCCUUCACGUGAGGAGAGCGACUGCCUUCCGACUUCGACGAUUCUCAGUCUCGAUCAAUCAUCAGGGAGUGCGCACUUCCAGUCUCAUCUUCGUUAUACCAACUAUAAGUACGAAAGGCACGCUACGACCAUCUUCUCUCUUCUAACUCGCCUUCCUUGAGUCCUUCAGCCCUUCAUUUGCUUUUUGUACAGAGAAAGGAGAGAUAUUUUCUGGAUCCUACUUGGUAUCACUUCCUCUAUGCUUGGGUGAUAUCAUGGGGGCGUGUGUAUCAAAAUCAAAUUGUAGGUCCAGAAGGAGGUCGGGCUGCCACUGGUUCAGAAGAUCCCGCAGAAUGAUUUUGGCUUCGAUUCCUGAUGCCAGUAAAGCUCAGAUUUGGGAUGAUGAAAAUCACUCUGUUCAAAUUGAAACCUCUUCGAAAAACAGAAAAUCUGAGGUCUCUAAUAUGAUAGUCCAUCUCACUCAGUUGCAGUGGCAUCACACUCAGAUGGAUGCUAGUGUGAUCUGCCAGGAAGAUGCAUGGUUUGAUUCUGUCAGUAUCUUGGAAUCUGAUUCUGAUGAUGAUUUCUCAAGUGUUCAUGGAGAUUGUAUUCCAUCAGCAAAUGCAACAGUGGCUCAGCCAUUGCAGUAUGAAAAUGCUUCAUGCUGUAUGGAGGAUGUUUGUCUUAGCACUCCGUUGACAGUGGUUCCUACAAUCAACUGUUUUCCAGCUGAUAGAUUGGUGAAUUCUUGCGGAAGCUUUCGCGAGCUUCCUAGUAAGGUUGAGGAAGCUAGAGAUAGAGCUCAAGGAGCAGACAUUUACACCAAAAAGAAAAAGGGUUUAAAUGAAUCAUAUGGUGGUUUGAAAGGCUCCAAAGAGUUACAUGAGAUGGAUGACAAAUCUCAUGUCAACAAGGCUUCAUUGCACAUCUGCAACUUGGUCCCUUCUGUUUGUUUUAAUAAUAAAGUUCAACAGAUGCCAAAUGCUAGUCCACCAUGUCAAAGGAAAAGAUCAGCAGUUAUCAGGCUUUCUUAUAAGAGAAAGUCUUAUGAUGGAGAAGAGAUAACUGAGUUCUGUGCAUCAAAUAAAUUCCUUUGUCGACCGAAAGGAGGGAUAGUCGUUCCACAUUCCCCAGGGGAGAAAUCAAUGCCUGGAUGCUGGUCCUUCCUCGAGCCAUCUACCUUUAAACUUCGCGGCCAGAAUUACUUCAGAGAUAAGAGGAAGCUUCCUGCACCAAACUAUGCACCAUAUUAUCCGGUUGGUGUCGACUUGUUUUUAUGUCCUCGAAAGAUGCAUCACAUUGCUCAACAUAUUGAACUUCCAUCAGUUAAGCCUCAUGAAAAAGUCCCCUCACUCCUUAUUGUCAAUAUUCAGAUGCCAACUUAUCCGGCUGCAAUGUUUCUUGGUGAUAGUGAUGGGGAAGGAAUGAGCCUUGUAUUGUAUUUUAAGAUUUCUGAAUGUUUUGACAAAGAAAUUUCUUCUAGUUUCCAGGAUUUGUUAAAGAGGUUUAUUGAUGAUGAAACUGAAAAGGUUAAAGGAAUUGCGAUCGAUUCAAGCAUUCCUUUCCGGGAGAGAUUGAAAAUAGUGGCUGGGGUGGUUAAUCCUGAGGAUCUUCUUCUGAGUGCAACAGAAAGGAAGCUGGUUCAAGCAUAUAAUGAAAAACCAGUGCUCUCGCGCCCUCAACACAGUUUUUACUCGGUAAAUGAAAGGGUACAAAUUACUUUGAGAUUGAUCUUGAUAUACAUCGCUUUAGCUACAUAUCGCGAAAGGGUCUUGAAGCGUUUCGGGAACGUUUAAAACAUGGAAUCCUUGAUCUAGGACUGACCAUCCAGGCCCAAAAACAGGAUGAGCUGCCGGAGCAUGUCCUCUGCUGCUUGAGACUGAACAAGAUCGAUUUCGUUAAUCAUGGCCAGAUUCCAACUAUUAUCUCGCGCGAGGAUGAUUGAUUGUUUGAUCUUUGAAGGGGCACAAUGCUUUAGAGCAAAUAACUGUUUGUAUCAGAGCAGGGCAAAUUCCAUGUCUUCAUUGUGAAGGCUACCUGCAACGUUCACAAAUUGUCAAUUUGACACACAUGUAGUAGUAGUAGUAGAGGGGAAAAAAUCGAGAAAAAGGUUGUAAAACAUCCUAUGAAGUCAUUCCAAAAUUCGUUUUUUUGGUU